AACCACAACUGCCCCGACAACAACCACAACUGCAGCAACAACAACCACAACUGCCCCAACAACAACCACAACUGCAGCAACAACAACCACAGCUGCCCCAACAACAACCACAACUGCAGCGACAACAAUCACAGCUGUUCCAACAACAACCACAGCUGUUCCAGCAACAACCACAAGUGCAGCGACAACAACCACAGCUCUUCCAACAACAACCACAACUGCCCCGACAACAACAACUGCAGCAACAACAACCACAACUGCAGCAACAACAACCACAGCUGUUCCAACAACAACAACAACUGCAGCGACAACAACCACAACCUCAGCGACAACAACCACAGCUGUUCCAGCAACAACCACAAGUGCAGCGACAACAACCACAGCUCUUCCAACAACAACCACAACUGCCCCGACAACAACAACUGCAGCAACAACAACCACAACUGCAGCAACAACAACCACAGCUGUUCCAACAACAACCACAACUGCAGCAACAACAACCACAACUGCCGCAACAACAACCACAACUGCAGCGACAACAACCAUAACUGCCCCAACAACAACCACAACCUCAGCGACAACAACCAUAACUGCCCCAACAACAACAACAACUGCAGCGACAACAACCACAGCUGUUCCAACAACAACCACAACUGCAGCAACAAC